CAAAGCAAUGCCAAUGGUAUGAUAACCCGACAAACAAGAUGAUAUGAGAUCCCGGGCAGAAUACAAGAAGCGGACAACAACAAACCUGCAUGGACAGCGAUCCACCCUGUGAUGCCGCAUGAACCGAGACCGUGAUCUUGAGAACGCUCGAAAGGACACCACCCUCUAGCUACCCCGUCUCGCCAUCAUGACCGUCUUCUCCCUAAUAAUCAUCAACAAAGCCGGCGGCCUAAUCUACCAGCGCGAAUUCCAACCGGGCCUCCGCAAACUCUCGACAAACGACUACCUCGUGCUGGCGGGGACAUUUCACGGAGUCCACGCAAUAACCCGAACCAUAACCCCCAAACUCCCCUACCUCGCAACAACCCCAGCCUCCAACACAAGCACAACCACAUCCUCAACACCCACAAGCGCAACAGCCCUCGCCUCCCCCUCGGGCACUACCACCCCGAUCCCCAACACGACAUCAACAGCAGCCACAUACAUGUACCCGAUCCCCGGCGUGGCGGCGACGGGGCUCGAUUCGCUGGAGACGGACAAGUUCCGGUUGACGUGCUUCCAGACGCUGACGGGGACCAAGUUCCUGCUGUUCACGGACCCGCACAUGGCCAACGUCGAGCCCGUCAUGCGGAAGAUCUACGAGUUCUACGCCGACUUCGUCAUGAAGAAUCCGUUCUAUCAAUUGGAGAUGCCUGUGCGGUGUGAGGCGUUUGAUCGGAAUUUGAAUGGGUGGUUGCGGGGCAGGACGUGAUUUUGCCUUGUUGCUUGGGAU